AUGUGCAAAUCAUCCAACCUCCACUCAUUCCUCACAGAGCUGCCUAAAUGCGAGCAUCACCUCCAUCUUGAGGGCUGUCUCACACCAGCUCUUCUCUUCAAACUGGCAGCCAAGAACGGAAUCACGCUCCCUAGAGACGAUCCCUCCUAUGCGUCUCCGGAAGCCCUCGCCAAACGAUAUGAGCACUUUGACAAUCUCGAGGACUUUCUUCAAUGCCACUACCGCGCCAUGGCUGCACUCUUAACCCAGGACGAUUUCGAGAUGCUGGGCUGGGAGUAUUUCACAGCAGCCCAUCGUGAUGGCGUCCGACACGCUGAGGUUUUCUUUGACCCUCAAUCGCACACAAGUCGUGGUGUGCCAUUCAAGACGGUGGUUUCUGGUUUCCGCGCUGCGUGCGAUAGGGCUGAGGGUGAACUUGGCAUUACGACCCGCCUCAUCAUGUGUUUCUUGAGACAUUUGCCAGUCAGUUCAGCAGCCGAGACGAUGAGAACAGCUGUGGAACUUCAGUGCUUCAGGCCAAGCGCCAGCUCGAACGGGGAGCCUGUUAUAUCUGGUCUCGGGUUGGACUCGUCUGAAGUUGGGUUUCACCCGGAGCUAUUUGCCGAGAUAUUUCUUGAGGCCGAAAAGUUGGGUGUUCACCGCACGGCUCAUGGAGGCGAAGAGGGUGACCCUACAUACAUUAGCGGUGCUCUUGACGGACUACACGCUGAGCGUAUCGAUCACGGCAUUCGACUUAUCGAAGAUGAAGCUCUCAUGCGUCGGGCCGUGACCGAGGGUGUUCUUUUGACAAUCUGCCCUCUGAGCAAUGUCUGUCUUCAGGUAAUGCAGGACGUAGGUCAGCUACCGUUGAGGGAAUUCAUCAAGUCUGGGGUUCGUUUCAGUCUCAAUAGCGAUGAUCCAGCCUAUUUUCAAGGUUACAUUCUGAAUAACUACUGUGCAGUUCAGGAUGCGUUCGAAUUUAGCAUAUCGGAAUGGAAAACUAUCGCGGAGAACUCAAUCCACGGAAGCUGGUUUGGCAAGAAGCGCAAGUCAGAGCUUAUGUUGGAGGUAGACCAGUGUGUAGAGAAGUAUACGAAUGUUUCAUAG